AUGACCGACACAGUCUUCAAGCUCAACACCGGUGCCUCGAUUCCUGCCCUUGGCCUGGGAACCUGGCAGUCUCCUGAGGGCGAAGUUAGAAAAGCGGUCGCGCAUGCCAUCAAGGCCGGCUAUCGCCACAUCGACUGUGCAUACGUAUAUGGCAACGAGGCUGAGGUAGGAACGGGCAUCAAGGAGGGUCUCCAAGCGGCCGGCAUCAGCAGAUCCGAGCUGUUCAUCACGACAAAGCUGUGGUGCACUUACCAUACCCGCAUCGAGGAGAACCUCGACAAGAGUCUUGCCCUGCUCGGUCUAGACUAUGUGGAUCUCUACCUCCUGCACUGGCCAGUCGCCAUGAACCCCAACGGUAAUCACGAGAAGUUCCCCAAACUGCCGGAUGGAACACGAGACCUGAUCCCUGGUCGGAAGCACGUCGACACUUAUAAGGACAUGGAGAAGCUCCUCAAAGGCACUAAAGUCCGAGCCAUUGGCGUCUGCAACUAUUCCAAGAAAUACCUUGAGGAAUUGCUGCCAAACGUCAGCGUUGUACCCGCGGCCAACCAGAUCGAGAACCACCCUCUGCUCCCUCAGCAGGAGAUUGUGGAUCUCUGCAAGGAACGGGGCAUUCUCAUCACCGCGUACAGCCCGUUGGGAAGCACGGGUAGUCCGCUGAUGCAGGACGAUCACGUUGUCAAAUUGGCCAAGGACAAAGGCACCAGCCCUGGCUCUAUCCUCUUGAGCUAUCACAUCGCGCGCGGCAGUGCUGUUCUUGCCAAAUCGGUUACACCCUCCCGAAUCGACGAGAACAAGAAGAUCGUGCAGCUUUCCUCGGACGAUGUUGCGACUCUAGAUGAGAUCUCAAAGAAUGGCGUCAAGCGCUUUGUCUAUCCCGAGUUCGGAGUCAACUUUGGCUUCCCAGACAAGCAAUAA